AUGUCUGUGACAGAAGUGGAACCGGAAGCGGAGGCCGCCGAGCGAUUCUUCACUGAGCAAAAACGGAUAUGCGGCGAUUUGAUAGCGGAAUAUCGGAAUAUAACGUACCAAGAUACAUUGAAUGUGCAAAAAUUUCGUCACUGUCCGGCACAUUUCGAUGGAUUACUUUGCUGGCCGUACACCAAAGCCUCCGCCACAGCCAUUUUGCCCUGUCCUCCUGAAACGGAUCCGACAUACGAAACAGACACUUCGACGAAUAUUUUCGAGUCGAAUAUUCGCAUCACGACGAUGGCCACGAAAGAAUGUCUCUCGAAUGGCCAAUGGUAUACGAAUUCUGAGGACAUACCUUGGAGCAAUUACAGUUUAUGCGAAUUGUCUGAUGAAUUCACCGCUCGUUACAUCACAGAGACCGUGGGAAAUGGCAUGACACAGUCGAUAGACUAUGAUAGCAUCGUGUCCUACCCGUUUGACAAAUGGUUACCCAUCGUCAGGAUCGUCUCUCAAAUCGGUUACGCUACGUCUUUCACCAUGUUAGUCAUCGCGAUGAUCAUUUUUUCUCUGCUCAGAAAGCUCCGAAAUCCAAGAAACAGGCUGCAUAUGCACCUGUUCGCUUCUUUCAUCAUGAGAGCGUUUAUGGCACUUCUCAGGGACUGGAUCUUUAUGAAUGGUAUCGGAUUAGCCGUGGACGAGAAGAACGCUUUUAUCAAGCAACGAAACAUGGUGAUCUGCAAGGCCAUCACCAGUGUCUGGCAAUAUUUCAUCGUGGCGAAUUAUUCUUGGAUCCUGAUGGAAGGAUUGUAUUUGCAUAAUCUGGUCGUCUUGGCGUUUUGUGCUGACAGCGCUGCCAUUAAUUUGUACAUCUUGAUGGGCUGGGGAUUACCGGUCUUCGUGGUUGCUCCAUGGAUAAUAAUUCGAGCCACCAUAGAGGAUACACUAUGCUGGACCACUCACGGCAAUCCUUCCGUCUUUCUGCUUAUACGAAUUCCCAUAAUGACAUCAACCUUGUUCAACUUCCUGCUGUUCCUCAACAUAGUACGCGUUCUAUUCGUCAAAUUCAAGACGUCGGUGCAUUUACAACGGAAGAAAAUGCAGUACAGUAGGUGGGCCAGAUCUACUUUGGUGCUGGUACCAUUAUUCGGAGCUCACUAUACCAUAUUUCUAGGCCUCUCUUAUCACAAAGAUCAUCGUGUAGAGCUGAUAUGGCUCUUCUACGACCAAUUCUUCGCCUCUUUCCAAGGUACCUUCGUGGCUCUUCUUUACUGUCUGCUGAACAUCGAGGUCAGAACGGAGAUAAAACGAGCUUGGAGAAUAAGGUGGUCGAAGAACGCGGACAUCAACGUGUCUUUGUGCAGAAAAUCGAGAAGAAGAAAGACGAAUCGUAAAUAA